AUGUUGGCUGAUACAGGAAUGAUCUUGCCGAAUUUUACGGAAUUACGUAUUUAUCCAUCAUUCACAGAAAUUCGUCAGCAAUACAAUGUACCAGAGAAAUUCAAAAUGUAUUUUUCACGGGAUGUAUUUGCGAAUAUUGUUCAAGGUUCAUUAUCGAUCGAAGGUAUUCCGAUUGAAUCGAAACAAGUCGUUCACAAAGCAAAUAAUCUUGAAAAUCAAACGAUCUUUGUUCAACGUCACUCAAGCGAAGAACCUCAAGAAUGUCGUGUUAUUCAAGCUGAUGAUCUUCUUUUACAAAAUAUCAAAACAAAACGAUAUUUUCGUGCUCAACGACACGAACUCGAAUAUGUUACCAUUCCGGAACAGGAAGGAACUGAAGUGACAUAUGUGUUAAAACAACAAGGCAAAGCAACAUUGAGCUAUCAAAUUCAUGGUGAGUCACAUCAAUAA